AUGACCAACAAACAAACGAAAACUGGCAAGACGGCACCAGUUGAUAACCCUGUGCCUUCUUUCUGGAACGCAGAUCCUCGUCCACUGGAUGAUUUCCGAAGCACUGAGGAUCUCCCGUCAGAUAUUGACAUUGUUAUCAUCGGCUCAGGCAUCGCUGGCGUUGGCACUGCAUAUCACUUGCUUCAAGACACCUCUUUCAAGGCAUCCAUUGCGAUCCUAGAAGCCAGAGAUCCAUGCUCUGGUGCCACUGGUCGGAAUGGCGGACAUGUCAAGCCUGAUGCAUUUCUCAAUGUCCCUAGAAAUGCCAAGAUAUAUGGUGCCGCAGCGGCAGCGGAGCUAGCAGCGUAUGAGGCGUCUCAUGUCUAUGCGGUCAAGGAUUUGGUCGAGAAAGAAGGCCUAGACUGUGACUUUAAUAUCACCAGAGCUUUGGAUGUCUUCCUAGACCCAGAGCAUGCAAAGCAGACAGAGGCAGCGUAUCGAGAGUUGGUAAAAGUGGGUAUCGUCGACCUCCGUGAUACGUCAUUCACACCAAAGAAAGACGCAGAAAGGGUCUCGGGUGUUAAAGGCGCACAAUGCUGCUUCUCAUAUACGGCAGCUCAUCUGUGGCCAUCGAAGAUGAUCCACCAGCUACUUCAACUGCUGCUUAAUAAGGACGUAAAACUAUACUCCCACACGCCAGUAUCAUCAAUUUCGGGAACACCGGACGAGAAUGGCAGGUGGGCUGUAACGACUUCACGUGGUUUGAUCAAGGCUCCAAAGGUUAUCUAUGCUACCAAUGGUUACACAGGAGAACUUCUACCUGAGUAUUCACGGAGCAUCGUUCCCAUCAGAGGCAUCUGUAGUCACAUCAGCAGUACUAAGGGUACAGACACCCCCCACCUAGUGAAUACUUACGGUAUUCGCUUCGACGCACGCAACAACGACUAUCUCAUCCCACGACCUGAUGGUAGCAUUAUUGUAGGCGGUGCAAGACAGCGAUUUUGGCACAACAAGGACCGAUGGUAUGGUACCGUACGAGAUGAUGAACUGGUUGAUGAGGCUGUUUCGUACUUUGACGACUACAUGCAGCGACAUUUCCGUGGGUGGGAGGGCUCAGGUGCCAAAGUAGACUCAGUCUGGACUGGAAUCAUGGGAUACAGCGCAGACUUCAUGCCUCAUGUAGGGGGGAUUCCGGAAAAGCCCGGUCAAUUCAUUAUUGCUGGGUUUACUGGUCAUGGAAUGCCUCAGAUUCUGCUUUCGACAAAGGGCCUGGCAACUAUGGUUCGUGACGGUGUUCCAUUUGAGAAUUCGGGCCUGCCACGUAUCUUUAAGACUACCAAGGCUAGAAUAUCCACGAAGCGAAGUCUCAUGGAGGAGAACCUGGAGCCGCUAUGGCGGACUGGACGAGAAUCGAAGCUGUAG